AUGGCAGACCCUAAUAGUGAUGUCCCUGAUUAUGAUAUCCCAAUUACAAAUUUUGAUGAGAUGUUGAUACCGGAAGGGUCUCUAGGAUUUGAAUACGAAGGCCUAAACGAUCAACCAAUUGGCGAAAACAUAAUGUUAAAUGAGGACAUGAACCAAUUUGGACAUGAUCAACCAAUUGGCGAAAACAUAGUGUCAAAUGUGGACAGGAACCAAUUAGGACAUGACCAUCCUAUUGACGAAAACAGAAUGUCGGAUGAAAACAUGAAUCAAUUUGGACAGAGUACAUCACAAGCCGGCACUUCUCAUGUUAAUGAUCAAUUUAAUGCACGAAUUCCCGGGAUGUUAAAUCCAGAAAUUUCCGGUGGUGAAAAUCCUAUUUUAGUUGCCGAGUGGCCAGUCCCUGAAAAGCCAUAUGCUUGCAGUUGUUGUCAAGUUAUAAGAGAAAUUAUUCAUACUAUUGAGGGAGAAUCCAGGAAGUUUGAGAUUCAUGGAAGACUUGGUAUGAUUUCUCAUGGAAUCCUUGAAAUAUGUCGCGGUAAUAUGACUGAUCCUAACAAAGAGCAUCACUUUUAUGAGGAAAGUAUAGAUAGGGUGAGGAUGUUCCUGGAACAAUAUUGCGAAAAGCAAAAAGGGGCAGGCUACACCAUAGUGAAAGAUCCCAUUUUGACAUUCUAUCAGGCCAUGUCAGUUGGAAUUGAUUGGAAUUUAGGUUUCGAUAUAAAUGACCUUGACUUUCUUCAAGGAUCUCCGUUACACAUAGGUGAUAGAGGGCAAUCUAAUGUUCAACAACCCGAGGCUCAGAGCAAUGAAGUGAGACCAAAUACGAGGAACUAUAAACAACAGAGGGAGAGAACUAAGACUCUAACACUAAAUGAUUUCUCGCCAUUUUUUCAUCUUCCACAAAAUGAUGCUGCUAAAGAAGUUGGAGUUUCGGCCACUAUAAAAAGCCUUCAGAACAAAAUAGAGGUGAGUAGCAGAAGUCUGAAUGCCGCUAAUCCUGAAGAAAGAGCACGUGCUGAGGCCGAUAUACAGAACUUUAGGCGAGAGAUUGCUUCAUUUUAUCCUCCAUAUACAUAA